ACAAUGGUGCGCAUGAACGUCCUGGCUGACGCUCUCAAGAACAUCAACAACACCGAGAAGAGAGGCAAGCGCCAGGUUCUUACCAGGAUGUGCUCCAAAGUCAUCGUUCGGUUCCUGACCGUGACGAUGAAGCAUGGUGACAUUGGUGAAUGUGAAAUCAUUGAUGAUCACAGAGCGGGGGUAAUUGUCAACCUCAUAGGCAGGUUAAACAAGUGUGGCGCUCUCAGCCCCAGAUUUGAUGUGCAGCUCAAAGAUCUAGAAAAAUGGCAGAAUCAUCUGCUCCCGUCCCAUCAGUUUGGUUUCAUUGUACUGACAACUUCAUCUGGCACCAUGAACCACGAGGAAGCAAGACGAAAACACACAGGACAAAAAGUCUUGGGAUUCUUUUUCUAG